AUGGUAGCAAGAUGGAAAGGAAAAACAGCCGAAGCACAAGCCCUAGCGGAGCCCAUGUCCACACUAGUUUCUCGGCUCCAAUCCUCUUUGAUUGAAUCCAGUUCUCAAGGAAUCCUUUCAGGGAGCAGCGUUCUUCUUGCAGCACACGAAGAACAAACCGAGCUUUUCAACCACGCGUGUUUCGGCCGUCUCGUUAUCACCACAGAGAAGAACAAACAGUGGUUUCAACUAUGCCUCGAGGAAGGUUUUUACCUCUGCACCGUAAUGAAAUGCAUCAAGAUUGUAGGUCAAAAUAGCUGCGUAAAAAACGAGGAAGAGCUGUAG